AGUGACUCUCCGGAAGAAGCAUGUCUGCUUUCCUUGUCCUGCCUAACGCGGCGUGCUGAUCCGCCGACACCAUGCAGUCGGAUGAUGUUAUCUGGAAUACACUAGGAAACAAACAAUUUUGUUCUUUCAAAAUAAGAACCAAGACUCAGGGCUUCUGCAGAAAUGAGUAUAGUCUGACUGGGCUGUGUAAUCGGUCGUCUUGUCCUCUGGCAAACAGUCAGUAUGCGACAAUUAAAGAAGAGAAAGGACAGUGCUACCUGUAUAUGAAGGUCAUAGAACGAGCAGCUUUUCCCCGGCGGCUCUGGGAACGGGUCCGACUUAGUAAAAACUAUGAGAAAGCAUUAGAACAAAUAGAUGAAAAUUUAAUUUACUGGCCUCGCUUCAUUCGACACAAAUGUAAGCAGAGGUUUACCAAGAUCACCCAGUACCUGAUUCGAAUUAGAAAACUUACACUGAAGCGGCGGAAGAAACUUGUUCCUUUGAGUAAGAAGGUUGAGCGGAGGGAGAAAAGAAGAGAGGAAAAAGCAUUAAUAGCUGCCCAGCUGGACAACGCCAUUGAGAAGGAAUUACUGGAAAGACUGAAACAAGAAACGUAUGGCGACAUCUACAACUUCCCCAUCCAUGCCUUCGACAAGGCCCUUGAGAAACAGGAAGCAGAGAGUGACUCUGAAGAUGAAGAAGAAGAUGAGGAGGAAGAUGAAGAGGAUGUGGGUAAAAGAGAGUUUGUAGAAGACGAUGAUGUAGAUGAGAGUGACCUGAGUGAUUUUGAGGAUAUGGAUAAACUGGAUGCUGGCAGUGAUGAAGAGCAGGAUGACUCCUCCAGUGAAGAAGAAGAGGAGAAAGCCCUUAAGGCCAAACACAAAGGCAAAGCACCCUUGAAAGGACCUUUGCGGAAAAAACGGGCCUAUGUGGAGAUAGAGUAUGAGCAGGAGACAGAGCCCACAGCCAAAGCCAAAACCACAUGAGUCUCCUUCACGUUUUAUCCUGAAAAGUCAACACUUCCAACUGUGCUCUUUUGUGCUAUAUUUCAUACAGUAUUUAUAUUGUUAAUAUUUAUGUCACUCCAGGGAGUGAGUGGAGAAGAGAGAGCCUUACAGUGUAAAGAGUAUUUUUGUAACAUGUGCUGUUUGUAACAGCCUGAGCCCAGGGAGCUGACAGGAGUCCCCGGAGCUGGACUGACACUGUGUGUAAAUGGUUCUAAAUUACAAGUCCUAAAUUUUCCCUUCCCAAUUUAUCCUUUUUAGUUUUUUGAGACAGGAUUUUUCUGUGUAGCCUGGGCUAUUCUGUAACUCUUUCUGUAGACCAGGCUGGCCUCAAACUCAGAUCCACCUCUGCCUGCUGAGUGCUGGGAUUAAAGGCUUGUGCUACCACCACCCAGCUUCAUUUUUUUCCCUUAUAAACUGAAGGAAACAGAAGUUCCAACUUACAAUGUUUAGUGUGAAAAUAGAUUUUUCAUAACUCCAUCCACACCCUUCCGUCCUGGUUGGUCAUCUUAGGUGUCACUCAGGGACACCUACAGAGCACUGCUGCACUUUACUGAUGCAGCUCACCACUGUGCUGUCUUCACAGGACAGGACGAUUCUAGACAGAAGACCCUGAAACAUGAAAACAAACAAACAGUAAAUUUGUAAAACCUGUUUCCCCAUUGUCUCAUUUCAUACACUCCAGUGUAUGGCACUAAGGGAAGUGCCUCUACCAGAACAGGUGUCAGUUAAAACCUGUUCCAUGUGUGUACAUAGUCCACUGGCUUCUAAGAGCCUGCUUCAUUCUAGCCAAAACAACUCAAGCUGGACCUCUGGCUGAAAAACCGCACAAACGUGUAAAGAGCAGCAAUGAAAUGUUUGAAUAAACUGAAAAGCAAACCACACCUGAGCUCUACAUAUUUUGGAGCAUGAAUUUCUUCUCAUGCUCCUUUAAUCUUUAGAGAUUCUUAUUGUAAUAAAAAUGGGAAAUUAGUCUUCCAAUUACAUAUAAAUAAAUACAUGUUAUAGAUUCCAUAAA